GACCGGAACUGACGCUUCAGAGGAUUGCUCUGCUCUGGGAGUGUUGAUAUUUUCCUGUCAGUCCGUCUGAGAGCGGUCAAGUUGGAAGCCUGGAAGGGAGGUCCUUUUAAAACUGUCGUGUGCAGGGCAGGCCAGGCAGGCUGUUCUGUCGCAGUACCCCUGCCUGCGAGUCAAAGCCUCAGGGAGAGAAGAACAGGACUUCGCGAACGAGAAAAAAGGCCAGGAACCAGGGUGCCGACUUUGACUGACACCUGAGACGGAGGGCACAGCAGGGCGAUUACCCGCCUCUGAUUGGUCCUUGGGCGUCAACGAGGACCCACGCAGUCGCUUCAAUUGGUUGGUGCCUGCAACUGUUGUGGCGGCGGCGAAGAUUUUGCCCACGUACUUCCGUACCAGAGGCGGGGGCUGUGCUGUGGCGCGCGUGCGCGACGCCCCGGGGCCCCACCCGGUAGUUCAGGAACUUGCAAGGGGGCGGGGCGAAAAGGUGCUUGUUUUGGUUCUGUUUCCUUUGAAGCGGAAGGCCGGAACAAGCGUAGCAAUCAACUAGCCGAACUCGGAGAGUAGGCGACGACAUUCGCCGCACUUGCCUUCAUCUUGGACUUCACAUCCGGGUUCUUCUGUCGCGUGACCCGCGUGCCGCCUACGGUUCUCGAGCCGGUGCCUCAAUCUCUUUAUCCGGAUCCAGACGAUCCCGUCGUGCUUCGCGCACCAUAUUAGCCCCUCAUCCGGGUUCUCUCCCAGCGUGCCGCGCGCCGGGUUUGCUGGGGGGGUACUCAGCUGUCCCGCCAUGACUAUUCUCCCCAAAAAGAAGCCGCCGCCUCCCGACGCCGACCCCGCCAACGAGCCGCCGCCGCCUGGGCAACUGCCCCCGGCGCCGCGCCGCGGCGGGGGUGUGGGCGUGGGCGGCGGCGGCACGGGCGUGGGCAGCGGCGACCGUGAGUCGGGCGUUGUGGGGGCCCGACAGCGGGCCUCACCGCCACCUCAAGGCCCGCUGCCGGGGCCACCGGGAGCACUUCACCGCUGGGCGCUGGCAGUGCAGCCUGGCGCGGUGCCGGGCCCCCGGCCUCAGCAGGGCUCUCCUCCUCCUUGUGGGGGCCCGGGCGGUCCUGGCAGCGGCCCGGGAGACGCGCUGGGUGCAUCUGCAGCAGGUGUGGGCGCGGCGGGCGUGGUGGUGGGCGUGGGCGGCACGGUGGGCGUUGGCAGCUGCUGCUCCGGGCCUGGCCACAGCAAGCGGCGGCGUCAAGCCCCCGGGGUUGGUUCAGUUGGAGGGGGCAGUCCGGAACGUGAGGAGGUCGGCGCAGGUUACAACAGUGAGGAUGAGUAUGAAGCGGCUGCAGCACGCAUCGAGGCCAUGGACCCUGCCACUGUUGAACAGCAGGAGCACUGGUUUGAAAAGGCCCUGCGAGACAAGAAGGGCUUCAUCAUCAAGCAAAUGAAGGAGGACGGCGCCUGUCUCUUCCGGGCUGUAGCUGACCAGGUAUAUGGAGACCAGGACAUGCAUGAAGUUGUACGAAAGCACUGCAUGGAUUAUCUGAUGAAGAAUGCCGACUACUUCUCCAACUAUGUAACAGAGGACUUCACCACCUACAUCAACCGGAAACGAAAAAACAACUGCCAUGGCAACCACAUUGAGAUGCAGGCCAUGGCAGAGAUGUACAACCGGCCUGUGGAGGUGUACCAGUACAGCACAGAACCCAUCAACACAUUCCAUGGGAUCCAUCAAAAUGAGGACGAACCCAUCCGUGUCAGCUAUCAUCGGAAUAUCCACUACAAUUCAGUGGUGAAUCCCAACAAGGCCACCAUUGGUGUGGGGCUGGGCCUGCCAUCAUUCAAACCAGGGUUUGCAGAGCAGUCCCUGAUGAAGAGUGCCAUAAAAACAUCAGAGGAAUCAUGGAUCGAACAGCAGAUGCUGGAAGACAAGAAGCGGGCCACAGAUUGGGAAGCCACAAAUGAGGCUAUUGAAGAGCAGGUGGCUCGAGAAUCAUACCUGCAAUGGCUGCGGGAUCAGGAAAAACAGGCCCGCCAGGUUCGCGGCCCCAGCCAGCCCCGGAAAGCCAGCGCCACCUGCACUUCUGCCACAGCUGCCGCCUCCAGUGGCCUGGAGGAGUGGACUAGCCGGUCCCCACGGCAGCGGUCACCUGAGCACUCUGAGCUGCAUGCUGAGCUGGGCAUAAAGCCCCCCUCCCCAGGCACUGUCUUAGCUCUUGCCAAACCUCCUUCGCCCUGUGCACCAGGUACAAGCAGCCAGUUCUCAGCAGGGGCCGACCCAGCAACUUCUCCCCUCGUGUCCCUCUACCCUGCUCUGGAGUGCCGGGCCCUCAUUCAGCAGAUGUCCCCCUCCGCCUUUGCAGGUCUGAACGACUGGGAUGAUGAUGAGAUCCUAGCAUCGGUGCUGGCAGUGUCCCAACAAGAAUACCUAGACAGUAUGAAGAAAAACAAAGUGCACAGAGAUCCACCCCCAGACAAGAGUUGAUGGAGACCCAGAGACUGGAGACCAUCUCCCAACUCCCACCACUCCUGUCCUCUGGUGCCACCCCACCUUCUUUGGCUUUCUCCCUCUUGCCUUCUUCCUCCUUCCCUUUCUCUCCUCCUUUUCCUCCUCCCCACUUCCCUCUUGCUGACCCACCCCUGCGCCCCCUCUCAUCGCUGCCACCACCACCAUCACCUGUCUCUUCGCCAGCUGACGUGCCCUGUUGCCCCCUGCACAGCACCAUCCCUGCAUUCCACAGGGGACUUGGGCAAGGGUGCCGAAGGUAGGCAAGAGGCACACAGACGAACCAACUGGCAGCCAGGCAGUCCCCGAGGAGAGACAUUUAGGCAGAGGAAAGCCGCCCUGACCCCCAUUCCUUCCAAGUUCUGAAGACCUUGUCACCCCACCUCCACAACUAUGCCAGGGAAGUGGGAGGAAGAUGUGGGGAAUUCCCCUUCCCAGUACCCUAAGAAUGUCUGAGCCUUCAAUGUUGAAUUUUUUCUUUAUUAAAAUGUACUUUUAUCUUAUAAAA